AUGAUGAUAGGUGGUGUAGAUUUGGUUACAACUGUAAAAAAUAAGAGAAAACUAAAAAGACAAGAAAAAAGUUUAUUGCGUAACAAAGAGAUAUUUGAUCCCAACAAACCGUGUUGUUCUCGUUCGUUGCCUGAUGAUGAUGACUUGACGAUCGAAAGCACCAGUUCUAGCAAUAGCGUAGCUUCUAGUCCUUAUCAAUCGCCAAAACACGUAGCGAGACUACCAAAAACCCCACCACCACCAAAAAAAAAGAAGUUAAAUUUAUCAUCAUUAGCCCUCGCUUGCGAUCGUACUGGAGUCUCCGACAGAGCCGCUGCUAUUAUAGCUUCUUCUGUGUUAAAAGAUGUUGGCAUUAUUUCAACGAAGGAUCCAAGCGGUGUCAUUGAUCGUUCUAAGUUGCGUCGUGAAAGAACUAAAGUCAGAUCAUCUUUACAAGACGCAGAUCGUAAUAAAAUCAUACGCGGAAGUGAUUAUUUCGGGCAUGUUACGUGUGAGUUGGGAACCGCUAAAGGUAUUCAAAGUACAAUUAUACGUCACCUGAAAAUGAUAUCGGUGGAUCUGAAUAAAAUAGCUGUUGUUGGUUGCGAUGGAACUGUCGUGAACACAGGUUCCAAAGGUGGUGUUGUUCGUUUGAUGGAAGAAGAACUUAAGAAACCAUUACAGUGGUUUAUCUGCCAAUUGCAUUCAAAUGAGUUACCACUGCGACAACUGUUAUUACAUUUGGAUGGAAAAACCACAGGGCCUAAAUGCUUUUCAGGUCCUAUCGGCUCUGAAUUACAAAAAUGUGAAACAAUGCCAAUUGUCGAAUUUACCGUCAUUCCUUCAACAUUACCUGAAAUUCCUAGAAAUGAUUUGAGCACCGACCAAAAAUAUCUUUAUGAUGUGAUGAACGCUAUCAGCACUGGCGUCUUUACUUCCGAUUUGGCUAAUAUCGAACCUGGACCCCUUAGCCAUUCUAGAUGGCUUACAACAGCAAAUCGAAUUCUAAGAUUAUAUGCUACUAAAACAGACCCCCUAGAAAACUUAAUGAUAUUAGCCACAUACGUGAUGAAAGUUUAUGGUCCGAUGUGGUUCACUAUAAAGUGUAAUCCAUCAUGCAUAAAUGGAGCUAAGCACCUGUGGCAAACGAUUAGCCUGACUCGCUAUUUGAGCGCGGAUUUGAAGAUAGUCAUUGAUAAGGUACUCAUACGAAAUGGAUAUUUCGGGCACCCAGAAAAUAUUCUUAUUGCUAUGCUUGGAGAUGACAGAGAAAUCAUUCGAGAACUAGCAUGUCAACAAAUUUUGAAAGCUAGAGCAGAGAAUGAUCAAGGACUUCGAACGUUCAAAGUGCCUCCUUUAAAUUUCGAUGCUGAAGAUUAUACCGACCUCAUUAAGUGGCAAGACUGUAAAAUAACUGAGCCACCUCUGACUUACAAUUUAUCUGAUGAAUUCUUGAAAGAGAUUGUCAAAUGCGGUUUGAGAACAUGUCAGAGUAUAAAAGAUUUCCCAUGCCACACCCAAGCCGUAGAGCGCUGCAUAAAAUUGGUGACUGAAGCUUCAAGUGCAGUUUGUGGAGAAAAUAAACGAGACGGUUUCAUAAGGGCACGAUUAUUAUCACGUCAGCAAAUGCCAAAUUUUGAUACAAAAAAACAAUUUAAUAUUUAA